AAAAGAGCAUCACAUAUCUCGAAUUUGCUCCAUUUCACGAAGAAUGAAUGGGAAGAAGUCUACAAAACUACGUUUAGUUCUGAAAUCUACAAUAAAAAUCAAACAUACAUAGGUUACACAGGCAACUUUUAUGUCCGUGAAGUCUAUUUCAGUAACCUUGGCGACGACGGUGUUAUCAACCUUAAUUCUGCCGAUGUUAAGUCUCUUAUUUCAUCAAAUUCAUUCGAAAACUCAUCCCGCAACGGCGAUGGUGGUUCCAUCUACAUCAAUCAAGGCCAAAGUUCCAUUCGAAAAGUUUGUAGUUUUGGAUCCAAAUCUACCGACUUUGGAAAGUUCUGUUAUAUUAAAGUUUCAAAUGCUUCUACUAAUAUCAAUGAAAUCCAAGAUUCUUCUAUCACAUAUAGUAAUCAAGGAAAAUUAGUCGGAUAUAGUACAAUUGUUUUACAAUAUGGCAAUAAUUCAUUUUUCCAAAACAAUGUCACGAGAAACUAUUGCGGACAUUAUGCGGCUUUUGGAAUAGGAGAUGGCAAAGGCACUAUUUCAAUCAAAUAUUCGAAUAUUGAUGAAAACCAUGCAACAUCCAGAAUUUGCUGUGUAGGAUCCAAACCAGCAACAUGUAACAGCAUUGUUUUCACAAACAACACUGUUUCUGAAGAUUAUGAUUAUACUGGAAUGUUUUUUUGUGCUAGUUGUUCUGCUACAUUUGAAAACUGUUUCAUUGCAACUAACAAACGGAAUGGAUGUUAUUUGUUUGGAAUUUAUGAUUAUGAUUAUUAUCGUUCAAGAUAUACAAUUACAGUUUCUAAUUCAUAUAUUGAUACACAAGAAAAAUUAUUUCCAGAAGGUCAACAAGUUUCAAUUGGACCAAAUAAAGACAUUUCAAUUGAACUUCAUCUUUAUUCUACAGAACUCUGUCUAUUUGGAAAUAACAUUGAAAAUCUUAAUAAAAUCAUUUCGAAGCUUAUUCAUCUUAAAACAAUAGGUGAAUCAAUGACUUCGAUAUUUUUAUAA